AAAUGAAAGAAGGAAGAAGAAAGAAAAAUGGAAACAUUUUGCUCUGUGCUUUCCCUUCUCUCUCUUCUGCUUCUUCUUCCUCCUCCUCUCAUCUUCUGCUUCCCCUGAAACCUUCACUCUCUCUCUUCUUUCAUCCUUGUUCUUACCAGUAGGGUUUUUUUUUCCUCCACCGUUUCAAAUCACAUCUCCCAAAUCCUUCUCGGCUGCGGGUGGAAAAUGGAGCUUCUACUCUUCUCCCCAUUUCCAUCACCUUCAGUGGUUUCUUUUUUCUAGUGGUUAUGUGGUCUGAUGUGGGUUUAUCAUCUUCUGAGCUUCAUUUCAGCUGGAAAAAGUGGUUCCUGAAUUGAGUUGUACUGUUUAAAUCUUGAUGAAACUUCAGGGCUAGCUUAAUGUUGCAUUCCGUCUCAGAUUUUUUGUAAGAUAUGGGGUCGUAUUCAGGCACUUCUGAGAUCGUCGAAGCUCGAGAAGAUUUGGAUUCUGCACAGCAUUCUAGCAAAGGAGCUUAUCCGUAUCGAUGUCACUCUGGCUUAAGUUUAGGUAGCAUGGAUCGGAGAAAGCCUCCAGCUUUGAAGCUGGGAGACAAGGAUUCACUGGAGGAUGAAAUCAACCAGCUGUUUGAGGCCAUCAGUCUAAAGAAUGCUUCCAAAGGUUUGGGAGUUUCAACUCAACCCAGCACAAGCUCGUCUAGCCCUCUGAAUCGGAAUGCAAUGAUGAAGAGGCCUAUGGUUAGUAGUGUUUCCAAUUCCCCACGUGUCAGUAGCUCGGAAGGUGUGUCUCUGAAGCAGGCAUUGAGGGACCUUUGUCUCUCCAAGGCAUCAGAAAUGGCUGCCAUGAAAAGGGUUUCGAAAUCGGCUACUGCUGCUGCCUCCCCUGGAGGAGCCUCGGAGGCUGGCAGGAUCAAGAACUUGUACAAUUCGGUGUUGGUCGAGAGCAAGAAGGCGGGUGAGGUUACUCGAGAUGUCGGUAAAGGGACAACAAUGGUUGAGAUAUCCCUUGUUCCAGAAGAGAGCAGCGGCAAGAAGAAGAUGCUGCACCUCGAGAUCCCUAAGAUGAGAUCUCUGAACCCGAGUGCUCAAUCGUCUCCACGGCUACAAGCAUUGAAGUCACCAGCUAAUCUAAGUGCCCAAUGUUCUCCUCGAUUCAUAGCACCACCGAUGAAGCCAGUUCAGAAUGAGAUUCAGAUGGAAUCUAAGAAAGGUGGAAGCCAAACCACAUUCUCAUCUCCUAGAAUGGCUGAUCAGAAGAAAGUACAAAUGGCUUCUGCGACUAGAAAAGUUGGCAGUCAAGCAUUGAAGUCACCUUCCGAGAGUACUCAUUCUUCUCCUCGGUUGCCUCCUUCCAUAACAAAGGGUUCGAAUAAGAACAAUUCCUCAAGUAAUGGUACUAUUACUUCUGGACCAAAAAGAUUGGGCGCUCAAGCAAUGAAAACCGAGAAGGUGCAAAUGGAGAAGAAGGUUAUGACACUUGCAGAUUCCAUAUCCUGUCCCGAUUCUCCUGACAACUCUCCAAAGGUAGCAGCAGUAAAGCCUCCUGCCUCAACCAAAUCGACAGUGAAAGUUUCUCCACCAAAAACAGGUCGCAAAGGCAGUACUAAGAGCACAAAACAUGUUAAAACAGUGAUAAGAAGCAAGAGCAGCACCAUUAAGAAGAAGAAAAAGCAGGGUGCAAAUUCUGCAUCCUCAGUUUCUAAUGAAGGCGAUGGCAAUUUGCUUCCAGUCCAAACUCCAAUGGUUUGCCAGAAAUGUCAAUGUGCACUAAGUAGUAAUGCAAAUGAAGAACCAGUUCAGCAAAACCCGGCUCCCAUCUCUGCCGAGAUAACCUCCUACAAUAAACAAAACCCAGUUGAGAAGAUGAAGAGUUCAAAACGAGAGAAAGGCGAAUUCUCUCAGAGCUCGAAAAGCAGUUUGGGAGAUUACAGCACUAGCACAAGCAACAGUGAGGAGAGCAAUGCCAGCAGAUUCAGCAGCUGCUGCAACAGGCCACACAUGUCGAAGGAUGUCCGGUGGCAAGCUGUUCGGCAUGUCAAGACAAGAGAUAGAGUGCUGACAUUGGCUCACUUCAAUCUGUUGAAGAAGCUCGGUUGUGGAGAUAUAGGGACGGUGUAUCUGGCCGAGCUCAUAGGUACGAACUGCCUGUUCGCAAUCAAGGUGAUGGAUAACGAGUUCCUGGCAAGGAGGAAGAAACUGCCAAGAGCACAGACAGAGAGAGAGAUACUGAGGAUGUUGGACCAUCCCUUUCUUCCCACGCUUUAUGCACAGUUCACUUCUGAUAAUUUAUCGUGCUUGGUGAUGGAAUUCUGCCCUGGUGGGGAUCUUCAUGUGCUUAGACAGAAGCAGCUUGGGAGGUGCUUCCCUGAGCCAGCAGCCAGGUUCUACGUUGCUGAAGUCCUCCUAGCUCUAGAGUACCUCCACAUGCUCGGAGUCGUCUACCGAGACUUGAAACCCGAAAACAUCCUCGUACGUGAAGAUGGCCACAUCAUGCUCACAGACUUCGACCUCUCAUUACGAUGCAACGUGAGCCCAACUCUCCUCCAAUCAUCAUCAUCAUCAUCAUCAUCAACUGCUCUCACUGAUCCCCCGAGAAUCUCCGGCCCAUGCACAUCUUCCUCCUGCAUUGACCCAUUCUGUAUUGAGCCAUCCUGCCGUGUCGUGUCCUGCUUCUCUCCCCGACUCCUUCCCCCACGAAACGCCGCCAAAGCCAAAGUGAGAGCCGAGCUCCUCCUUCGAUCAACCCUCCCACAGCUUGUGGCAGAGCCCACUGAUGCUCGGUCAAACUCGUUCGUUGGAACCCAUGAGUACUUAGCACCGGAGAUCAUCAAGGGAGACGGCCAUGGUGCAGCAGUCGACUGGUGGACUUUCGGCGUGUUCCUAUACGAGCUUCUCUACGGGCGAACACCUUUCAAAGGCGCGGGCAACGAGGAAACAUUAGCAAAUGUAGUGUUGCAAGGGUUGAGGUUUCCUGACAGCCCACUGGUGAGCUUCCAUGCGAGGGAUCUCAUUCGAAGGCUGCUGGUGAAGGAGCCUGAGGGGAGACUAGGGACCGAGAAAGGUGCAGCGGAGAUCAAGCAGCAUCCUUUCUUCGAAGGAUUGAAUUGGGCGCUCAUACGCUGCGCUGUUCCCCCCGAGCUGCCUGAUAAUUGGUAUGAUCAUCACAGCAGUGGUGGUGGUGGCGGCGGGUAUGAAGGUGGUGAUGGUGAUCAGUACUUGGAGUGUAAAGCCACAGGCGAACACCUCGAGUUCGAGCUGUUCUGAAAUGUUUUACUAUGGUAAUAUUUUAUUUUGCACGAAUUAGUGUUACUGUUAAGGAAGUCGAGUAAAUGGAGGGAAAUGGGAAGGGGUGAGAUUGUUCUCUGGAAGUGGAAAUCCAGAUUUUGCUAACUGCGAAAAAGCAGAGUUUUUAUAUAAAUCAGCAGCUUCGCUUUUGUGUAUAACUGGUUUGCUCUGUUCUAGUAGUCUUUCACCUCAAACUACAAUUUUACUGACGAUGGGAGAAAUCACCAUUGAUAUCCUUUUUGGCU